CUCCCCUCUGCACAACAUAGGCCGUAGAAUUUAACUUGAAUUCCCAAUUGGAGUGGAAAACCACCAAAACAAAACCAACCUUCUUUUCUCUCUACCUUCCUCUAGUUUCUAAUUUUCGUCAAACAAAGCAAAAACGAAAAAUAGUCCUUCCUUUUCUUCUUACAUUAUUUUCCCUCCUUAUCAUCCAUCUGCAAUAUCUGUCCAAGAACUGGACUUCAACCAUAUUCUUUCAAAUUUAGUUUUUUCUCUUUGUACAAAGCUCAAUAACAAAUUGUGCUGGAAUGUGAUAUUGUCUAUUAUAUGCUGCUAGUGCCUUGUUAAUGCAAAUAUGACACAUGAAAGAGUCCUCUCUUAGGAUUGGAUAUAACAGGACGUGAAAGUUAUAUAGCAAUAGUGGAUUAACAACGAAAAAAUAUGGCCGAUAAAAGAAACAAAACAGGUGAUUAUAUAGUGUGUUAUGCACCAGCCAUGAUAACAACGAAUGGAAUAUGGCAAGGAGAUAGCCCUUUGGAAUUUUCUCUGCCACUUUUCAUCUUACAAUUAACCUUAGUUGUUGCAGCCACUCGCAUAUUUGUCUUUGUUCUCAAGCCCUUUCGCCAGCCGCGCGUCAUAGCAGAAAUUCUGGGAGGAGUAAUAUUAGGUCCUUCAGUGCUAGGAAAAAACGAAAUAUUUGCCAAUGCAGUUUUCCCUCUAAGAAGUGUGAUGGUGAUUGAAACAAUGGCGAAUGUUGGUCUUCUUUAUUUUCUUUUCUUGGUUGGUGUGGAGAUGGACAUAACGGUUUUGCGCAGCGUAGGCAGAAAGGCAGUGGCUGCAGCAAUUGCCGGCAUGGUUUUGCCUUUCAUCCUUGGCGGUGCUUUCAUCUUCUUUUUGAAAAGAGAAAGCCACUGUGACACGAACCGAGGAACUUAUGUUCUGUUCCUCGGUGUCGCUCUUUCUGUCACUGCAUUUCCUGUUCUAGCUAGGAUCCUCGCCGAGCUAAAACUCAUCAACACAGAUAUAGGAAAGCUUGCUCUUUCGGCUGCACUCAUCAGUGAUGUGUGUGCUUGGAUUCUCUUGGCUUUAGCCAUUGCAAUGGCUGAGAACCAAGCAACUUCUUUCGCUUCCCUUUGGGUUCUAUUGUCUGCCGCAGCGUUUGUCGCCAUUUGUAUUUACGCUGUUAGACCCGCAGCUUCAUGGAUAGUUCAGAAAACACCUGAGGGUGAAUCUUUCAGUGAGUUUUAUAUAUCUCUUAUAUUAGCCGGAGUCAUGGUCUCCGGUUUCAUCACUGAUGCUAUUGGAACUCAUUCUGUUUUCGGAGCUUUUGUGUUCGGUUUGGCAAUUCCGAAUGGACCGCUUGGUGUUUCUCUGGUAGAAAAGCUUGAGGAUUUUGUUUCAGGACUUUUGUUACCUCUCUUUUUUGCCAUUAGUGGGUUAAAAACCAAUAUAGGACUCAUUAAAGGGUCUUUUACUUGGGUUAUUCUUAUUCUUGUCAUUUUUCUUGCUUGCAUUGGCAAAAUUGUUGGAACUCUAGCUGUUGCAAUCUAUUAUCGAAUGCCGAUUCGUGAAGGUGCUACCCUUGGCUUACUCAUGAACACUAAAGGACUAGUUGAAAUGAUUGUGCUCAAUGUUGGAAAGGACCAAAAGGUUUUCGAUGAAGAAUCAUUUGCAGUUAUGGUGAUCAUAACAGUCAUAAUGACUGGAAUAAUUGUACCUGCUGUAUCAAUAAUUUAUAGACCAUCAAGGAGAAACAUAUAUUACAAAAGAAGAACAAUUCAGAAAUCAAAACCAGAUGCAGAAUUUAAAGUACUAGUAUGUGUUCAUAGUCCUCGAAACGUGCCAACAAUGAUCAGCCUCCUUGGAGCCUCGAAUCCAACAAAGAGGUCACCGAUAUGCGCCUAUGUGCUCCAUUUGGUCGAACUCUGCGGACGUACAUCAGCAAUGCUUAUUGUUCACAACACAAAUAAACCAGAACAUCAAGCCCUCAACCGAACCGAAGCUCAAUCCGACCAUAUAAUCAGUGCCUUUAAAAAUUACGAGAAACACUCUUCGUUUGUCACGGUACAGCCCUUGUCAGCAGUUUCCCCUUACUCCACAAUGCACGAAGAUAUCUGCAAUUUAGCAGAAGACAAGCGCGUAUCUCUAAUAAUCGUUCCAUUUCAUAAACAACAAACAGUCGAUGGUGCAAUGGAAGCAACAAACAUGGCAUUUCGAACCAUCAACCAAAAUGUACUAGCAAAUGCACCUUGCUCGGUCGGAAUUCUAGUCGAUAGAGGCUUAAGCGGUUCGAACCGGUUAGCCUCGGAUCAAGUAUCACAUCAUGUAGCAGUGAUGUUUUUUGGUGGACCGGACGACAGAGAAGCAUUAUGCUAUGGAUGGAGAAUGUUGGAACAUAGCGGUACAAGCCUAACAAUAAUGCGCUUCGUCCCGGGCGAAAGAGUAAGUGAACCGGUUCGACAACAACAUAGACUCAAUUCAGAUGAACCAAGUGUUUUAACAGUUGAAACAGAUAUAGAAAAACAACUUGAUGAUAAACUAAUACAUGAGUUUAGGACGAAAUAUGGAAAUGAUGAUUCGGUUGAUUAUUUUGAGAAGGUGGUUAACAAUGGAGAGGAAACAGUGGCAGCAAUAAGAGCAAUGGAUGACAUUCAUGAUCUUUUUAUAGUUGGAAGAGGUCGAGGAAUGAUAUCACCAUUGACAGCAGGACUCACUGAUUGGAGUGAGUGUCCUGAAAUGGGUGCAAUUGGUGACUUAUUAGCAGCUUCAGAUUUUGCAGCAAGUGCUUCAGUUUUGGUAGUUCAACAACAUGUUGGGAUAGGAUCAAAUGGUGAUGGAUUAGAAACACCAAAUGGUGGUGAAGAAUAUAAUAAUAGUAGUGACACAGAUCACAAUUCUACAUCAUCAAGGGGACACACUGUUUUUUAUACAGAACGAACUAGUCCUCAUACUUUAUAA